CACGGAAGUCGGUGCGAGGCCGAAAUGGUGUCUUUCCUCAACAACCAAUAAUGAUGCAAUGGCAUCCGCAUCCGACCAUAAGCUGUCCGUAGAUUGGGAGUUGGUUUCACGUGAUGGGCCAGCUAUAACCAAUCACACUGGCUGUAUCAUUGGCACAAGUUUCUACAUCCAUGGCGGUGUUACUAAAUACGGCAGCACGUCACCGUCCGAUAAAUUGUACAAAUUCGACAUGUUGACAAACAGUUGGGCUGAGCUCACUCACGCUGGGUCACCGUGUUUAAGUCAUCACGCCGCCGUCGCCCUUGGUAACCGAUACGUCGUUUUGAUUGGUGGUUGGGACGGAAGACAGCGUGUAUCAAGUGUGCACGUUUUCGAUACGCAAGAUAACCGCUGGAUUCCCGCACGUGAUACGGGGUUUCCGGAAGGGGCUGGGCUUAGCUCACACGCUGCGGCAGUGCUAUCAAGCGGUGAAAUUCUUAUCGUUGGUAGAGAAGGAAGUCUUAGAAUCCAACGGAAACACGGGAAUGUAUAUCUCUUGACCGGAAGUGCGGCAAGUGGUCAGUUCACAUACCGAAAAAUGACUAACAAUACGGCGUCUCGAUCCGGCCAUACCGUUAACUCAGUUGGGAACACAAUGUACAUUAUCGGUGGAAGAGACGAUCAAUUGAUCGAGUGUCAUUCCGGAUACAUUUCCCACGAGCCUAUGGGCGCAUUGACAUCGAAAUUUGCUGACUUCGCGAAUGUUUUAAAGCCUAUGGCAAAGCCGCCUUGCGGCCGUAAACACCACGUGGCUGUUUCCGGUAAGGGAGCCAUUCUAGUUCACGGCGGAGAAACAUUUGACGGGAGAUCCCGAGAACCAGUCGGAGAGAUAUAUUUAGUAACAACAAAGCCUCACUUGCAGUUUUUCAAGGUGGGCAAUUCAAGCGUCGGUAGGGCGGGUCACGUGUGCGCGAGCUGUGUCGAAAAAGUGUUGUUCCACGGGGGCGUGGCGGGCAGAAAUGUCGUCCAGUGUGACACUUACCAGCUUGUUUGCAGGCAGUGACUUCCGGUGCGACGCUUUGUAACCUUACAGCAAUAUUGUUGAAUAUAUCCGGUUGAAUUCUGGGAACGCUUGACUUUUGUUUUAAACUACGGUAGCGAACACAUGCAUAUAUGUUCUGGAUGUGGCAAGUUUAAAUCUUAUGGAUGCAUGGGUGUUAUCUGUUAACAGUUGAAUGCGAAUCGGGGUGAUAUUGAUUGUUAUGUAUUAUGUAACCAAGUUGACCUUUUAGUUAUGCAUGUAAAUGUCUAUUCUUUAUCAAGUGUUCUUGCGAUAUGGAAGGGCUGCAAGGGAAAAUUGCAAACGCAAAUACAAUGCCAACAAUUAAAUUAUAACUAGUUAUUUUUAUCGACACACGUUCUAUUAACGAAUUUAAUUUUGCUCAUAUGUA